GACACUGUCUUCCCUAUCUCCAGACUUGUAGGAAGGAGGGGGCAGCUUGCCUUCAUUUCCUACUCUAGACUGAGGAGCUGCGAGAGCCAGAUCUGGCUGCCUCAGCCCUUUUCUUAGCCUUAAGGAGCCAAUUAGCCCUUUCAGCUCCUCGUGCCCACCUUACUACCUGAGCUGCUGACAUGCAGGCCUGGUGGCAGCCAGGAGGUCUGAGGAACAGAACCAUGCCCAGCUCCUCCUGCCUGGAAGUGUGGGUGGCACAGGAUUCCAGGGGUCCAGAAGUGACCUAGAUGGUGGUCAUGGCUGCCCAGCCAUGGAAAGAAAGCAGGGAAUGGAGCUACCCUUCUUUCUGCAUCAUCUCUAGGCAGCUUUUGUUUAUCUCUGGGCCUUCAGCCUCAACAGCAGCCCUAGAUGCUGUUCUUCCUGUCUCUGGGAAAUUCCCAGAUUUUCCCAGUCUUCUUGCUUCCUAUAGUUUCCAGUGCUCUUUCUGGUACAACUUGGUAUAAAUUAGCACAAUAUUCCAAAUGAGUAUGGGUGCAGGCAGAUCUCAGAGGCCCUCAAGGCUGCCAGGUGAGGACCACACCUGUUCCAGGCCUUGCCUCCUAGGUCUUUCUAGAAAACCUUUAGAUGAGCCACCCUCCACACACUCCUGCACUAGCCUUCCUGCUACCAGAUUGGCAAGUCCUGCAGAGUCACAACUAGACUCCGGAGUGGGGAAGGCAGGGAUGAUGCGGCCCUGGCCUCCAUUCCUGCCUUUGUAUUUCUGGGCUGUGGGACCCCCAACAGGUGACUUCCCUCAACCUGUUUACUCAGGUCUGAAACGGGAACAGUCACCUCUUCUAUGUGGAUUGGAGGUGAGCCUGGGUGAGGGAUAGUCCCCCAUUGAGGUCAGCCCCCUUCUGUUAGGGAAGCCGGUAAUGCUUAGCAGCCUUAACUGGUGCUCAGUGUGGGCACUGCCCUACUUCAGCCCCAGUUGCCAGGGAACCACUGGGUCCCUUGCUAACCUGGAUUUCUCUAUUGAUGUUGCCUUUGUUGCUGCCUGGUGCAGCCACUCCUGAGGAAGGCCUCUGUCCAGCUGUGUUUCCAGGCAACCCUUGCCUCUAGAGACUGCAGGAAAGGCCACAGGCUGCAGAACCUACCUUCUUACCUGCCCUACCCCAGGUGGGCCCUGGUCCCACCUCCCUCUCCCUACCUGCACUGGCUUGGCUGGCAGCCUAGCUCACCUGCCUGCCCAGAGGUGAAUCACUCACUGCUUUGCUUCCUCUGCUCAACUCUUCAGGGUGCCCUGAGGCCCUGGGAAAAGUGCAAGCUCAGCAUGACCUGGGCUCUGCUUGCCAACCUUCCCAGACUUCUCGCCUACCCCUGCCUUGCUAAUCACUGAUCAUAAACACAAAAGAGAAUCUUCCUGUGUGUCAUACUUGCUGGUCAGACGUGGGCUUCUUUAAAGUUUACACAUUGGGAAACUGAGGCAUGGUGAAGUAUAGUGCAUACUUAUUGAGGGCUUGCUUUGUGCCAGUCCUGUGCUGAGAACUGUGAAUUCUUAUCUCACCCUCCCAUGAGCCCUCUGCGCCAGCGUCACAGCCUCAGAGCCAGUGAAGAGCAGGGGACGGCAGGCUUGUGUUUAGUGAUGUCUGCCGGGUUUGCUCCUCUACCAGUAGUGUGUUCUCUCUGGCCUUCCUUCUCUGGCGUAGCUGGGCACUCUACUGAAGACAUCUCUUCUGCAUCUCAUGCCCAGUACUGCAAACACCCAGCAUAACACUGGGCAUAAAGGACAGCUUGUGGUCAAUGCCACUCCAGGGCCUGAUGAUGAAGCGGACCUUACUGUGCUGGCCUCUGUCAUGCCUCUUUGUGCUGCUGCCCUGGCCUCUGGCCACUCCAACAUCAAUAACUCCUUGGCUGUGUCCACCGGGCAAGGAGCCUGACCUGAACCCAGGGCAGGGUACUUUAUGCAGAACCUGCCCCCCAGGCACCUUCUCAGCCUCAUGGGACUCCCAUCCAUGCCAGCCUCAUUACCGCUGCAGCCUUCAGAGGAGGUUGGAGGUCCAGGCUGGCACAGCAACUCAAGAUGCCAUGUGUGGAGCCUGCCAGCCUGGGUGGUUUGGGCCACAGGGAGUUCCCCAUGUUCCGUGUCAGCCAUGCUCCAGGGCACCUCCGAGUACUGGUGGCUGUGAUGAGUCGGGGCAGCGGGCCCGGCGUGGCAUUGAAGUGGCAGCAGGCACCAGUAGCAAUGGGGAACCUCGGCAGCCUGGGAAUGGCACUCGGGCAGGCGGUCCUGAGGAGACAGCUGCCCAGUACGCAGUGAUUGCUAUCGUACCUGUCUUUUGUCUAAUGGGGCUUCUGGGCAUCCUGGUGUGCAACCUGCUCAAGCGGAAGGGCUACCACUGCACAGCCCACAAGGAAGUCGGGCCUAGCCCCGGAGGAGGAGGCAGCGGGAUCAAUCCUGCCUAUAGAACAGAGGAUGCCAAUGAGGACACCAUUGGAGUCCUGGUGCGCCUUAUUACAGAGAAGAAAGAGAAUGCAGCGGCCCUGGAGGAGCUGUUGAAAGAAUAUCACAGCAAACAGCUGGUACAGACAAGCCACAGGCCUGUACCCAGGCUGUUGACGGCCUCCCCCAGCAUGCCACACAUCUGUCCGCAUCGCCACCACCUCCACACUGUGCAAGGGUUGGCCUCACUCUCUGGCUCCUGCUGCUCCCGUUGUAGCCAGAAAAAGUGGCCAGAGGUGCUGCUGUCUCCUGAGGCAGCCGCCGCCACCACUCCUGCUCCUACCCUCCUGCCCAACCCAUCCAGGGCUCCCAAGGCUAGUGCCAAGGCAGGGCGGCAGGGCGAGAUCACCAUCUUGUCUGUGGGCAGGUUCCGUGUGGCUCGCAUUCCUGAGCAACGGACCAGUUCAUUGUUAUCUGAGGUGAAGACCAUCACGGAGGCUGGGUCUUCAGAGGGUGAUCUCCCUGAUUCCCCACAGCCUGGUCUUCCCCCUGAGCAGCGGGCACUGCUGGGAAGUGGUGGGAGCCAUACUAAGUGGUUGAAGCCCGCAGCAGAGAACAAGCCUGAGGAAAACCGCUAUGUGGUCCGGCUAAGUGAAAGCAACCUGGUCAUCUGAGGGGCUGUCUAGAAUUAGACAACUCUGCCCUUCCCUGGGAGGUUCUGAAGGCUUCCUGUAGGAGGGAGAGCUGCGGCUGGGACUAAGGACCAAGAUGCAAAGGCCUAGCAGACAAACAGCAAAGGCCAAGUCCUGGAGGUGGGACCGUCAGCCUCAUUGAGGAGGCAGCCUACAGCACAGCACGUGAACAGGAGAUCAAGAGCCCGCCCCAUCCCUGCGGCCCAGUUACUACCCUGCAGGGUGCCCCUACCCUGUGCCUGCCCUGAACACAUCAUAGGAGCCCUCUGUCCCCUGGGGGUCUUGUUUGGUGGAGGAGUGGUGUCUGUACUUGGCCCCCAGCUUGUGCCUUGGGAACCAGCCACUCUUGCUCAUGUCCUGGACCCUGAGUGUGCCUCCCUCUCUUCUGGCAGGCCCCACAAAGGGAAGGGGGAGCAAAGAGCCCUAGACUACUGGCAGAGUACCUGGGUCCCAACCCUGGGCUCAUCCCUAGGUUCUGACUGUGAAGUUGGGGGAGGAGAGCUCAGUUCCCAGGAUCUCUCUAGCUCUUUGUGGAUUCUGGGCUGAGUCCCGUUGGGGGGAGCUUGACUUUGCUAUCCUCCCAUUAGUAGCUUUAUCUAGCCUGUUUUUGCUGCUUCCCGGGCCUUGGCCUUCAAGGCUCCCGUGGGACUGUCUAUUAUGGUGAUACCUACAGAAGGGGCUUAAUGCAUGUGCCCACCCCUACCCUGCUAUUUUUAAUGAAACUGAAAAAUGACUUGACUUGGACAGGGCUCUCUGGUGCAGAGCCCCAGUCCACCCUGCUGCCCUCAAGCUCUGGAGCCAUGGGGAGAGGAGGCUGGUGGGCUAGAGAGUGCCUCUGGCCUAUGGUUUCCAUGCCCCUGUGGUACAGCAUCUGCCUGAGUUUUGUGGUAGGAGUGACUGCCAAUCCAGCCUGUCUUAGUCCCUGAUCUGGCUUAGUGCCUCGUUAUUUAUGUGGGGCCGUGCAGGCGCGGGGCCCACUGCCCAUCCCAUUUCUUAUUUAUUGAAACCUGCUGUUGCCCUGUCCCUACAUCUCUAGCCCUACACACUUGAGUAAUAAAAGGUGGAAAGUGGUGUCAUGAGGUGCUUCCUUUCCCUGUACCCUCUCUGGAAAACUGUUUGCUCAUCUCAUGCAUCCAGGGGCCUGGCCAGGCAUGCUACACACUGUCCUUUCCCUCAUCCACAUCUCCCUAUGAAACCAAGGAAACAAGCAGAGGUGGCUCCUUGCCUUAUUCUCACUGAGGUCCCCAGAGGCCAGGCUACCCAAUGGAAAUACAGGCUAAGCGAUAUGUGUGACUAAAAGUGUUAUAAUAAUUCCAAAAAGUUAAGGGGGGCGGGGAGUAAUUUAAUUUUACUCUUUUAAACCCAGUAUAUCCAGAAUAUUUUCACUGCAAUAUAAAAUCAUU